AGCUCAGAUUACAUCAUUUAUUUUUUGUUGUGAUGAGAGCGUGUAUUCGAAUAAAAAAGUGGCGCCCAUGGGAGCUAAUUUCUCCGUGUUUAAAAAUGGCUUCCUUUACCUACCAUGUCUCCCUCUUUAUUGCUUCAUUUCCCACACUUCCCUUGUUCAAAUUACAUUAAUAGGAAACUUCUAGAACUUUGUAUUUUUGCAAUAUAGACAAGUGAAACCAACCAUUUUCCCGUAACGUCAUUUGGAAAACUAACAUUGGCUAACUAGCUAACGUUAGCUCAUACAACGAUUUUCGUUGCUAGCGCGUUAGCUAGCAAGCUUGCUAACUAGAAGGAGCAACACUCAUUCCUGGAUGUAACGUUAUUCCGAAUGGGAGUCUUUUCUAGCGUGUGAUGAAAGCAGAAAUAAAGUUGGUAACAUCAAGACCCGGAAUGUUGUUGAAUACAAUCUCUUGCCAGUAAUCAGUGGAAUCUACAGUGGAUUAGUACAUUAGUUACUUUAGUAUCUGGUGCGAAAAAGUAUCGGGCGCAACGUUUGUGUAACGUUAGCGUAAGGCACAACUGCUCUUAAAAACCUGCCGGACAUAGCUACAGUUAGGAACCUAUCUGGGACAUCGAGAUCAGAGAUUGCGGUGCUCCAAGUCCUGUUUGGAUUAUUUUACCAUGUAAAGGAUUUACGCCUGGGACAUUAUACGCAUUAAUAAGUUGCUAGCUACAUGCUUAGCUAGCCACCCACUGAGCACUUACCUGAUCAUCAUACAUAUUUUAGCUGGCUCACUAGCUAGCAAGCUGUAGCGACACAAAUGAAAGUCGUAACGUUGCAAGCAAUUUGUUUCUGGAGGAUUGCUCUGAUGUACGAAGACAUUUGGAUCGCACUCUGAGAGGUCUCUCUUUGAGGGAGAUCACGAGUGGAGGAAGGGAUGGAUGAGCAUGAAUCGACCUGCGAGGAGAAUGAUUCUGAAACGGCAGCUGAUGACGGCGCCUCUUCGAAGCAGCCGGAUGCUCCCCCCGCCACAGAGACACCCCCCCUGACCGCGCCCGUGCACACGUCCAGCGUGUCUGCGGAGAGCGGUCAGGUGUGUGCGCUCUGUAACUGUGCCGAGCCCAGCCUGCACGGCCAGCGGGAGCUCCGCCGAUUCGGCCCGUUCCCCGGCCGGCCCGCCCCGGACCGGCCCUCCGCCCCGCCCCUGCCCCCCGGGAGCGACGACCUGUCCUCCAUCGGCUUCCCCGACUCCACCUCCGCCGCCUCGCUCCUCCACGACACAGGGCACUACUGGGUCCACCACUGGUGUGCUGUCUGGUCAGAGGGCGUGGAACAUGGGGACGACCAGGAGCCGCAAGGCGUGGAUAACGCCGUCAUCUCAGGGAUACAACAGCGGUGCGAAUACUGUAAACGGCUGGGAGCAACCAUUCGGUGCCAGGCAGAGGGGUGCCCGCGGACCUACCACUUCCCCUGUUCGGCUGCCAGUGGUUCGUUCCAGUCCAUGAAGCAGCUGGCCCUCCUGUGUCCGGAGCACAUCGAGAAGGCCGUGGAGCUCGCGAACGAGGAGGCGCGGUGCUCCGUGUGCGAUUCGGCGGGCGAGCUGGCGGACCUGGUGUUCUGCACGGGGUGCGGGCAGCACUACCACGCCGUGUGUCUGGAGAUCAGCGCCACGCCCCUGCAGAGGUCCGGCUGGCAGUGCCCAGAGUGCAAGGUCUGCUUGACCUGCAGGCAGCCUGGUGAGGACUCCAAGAUGCUGGUGUGUGACUCCUGUGAUAAGGGCUACCACACCUUCUGCCUGCAGCCCGCCAUGCACUCCCUGCCCUCUGAGCCCUGGAAGUGCAGGAGGUGUCGCGUGUGCAGUGAGUGUGGGGCCUGUGGCCCCGCCCUCCCGGGCUCUGCACACUGGUUUGAGAACUACACCGUCUGCGAGAGCUGCCAGCAGCAGCGCAUCUCCCUUUGCGCCGUCUGCAGCAAGGCCCCCGCCCCCGAGACCUCCCUGUGCCCCUGCCACACCUGCCACAGGCUGGUUCACAGUGAAUGCGCCUCCCUCCUGGACUCUGAAGAGGGCAAAUACACCUGCUCCCUCUGCCAAACCCCACCGCAGGCAGAGAGGGCCCUGGACCCCAGUGAGACCGUCACCCAAACGGAGCGAGAGGAGGAGGCGGUGCCAGAGCCGGAAACGCCCAUGGAGCUGGGGGGUGGAGCAGACAGGGAGGCAGAAGCAGUGGAAAUGGUGCCAGUGCAGGAUAACACAGUAGAAGAGGUGCUGCCCCCACACACCACAGAAGCCCCGCCCCCAGAGACGACAGACACCUCUGCUCCAGAGAUGACAGAAGCCCCGCCCCCGGAGACGACGGAAGCCCCGCCCCCGGAGACGACAGAAGCCCCGCCCCUAGAGACGACAGAAGCCCCGCCCCCAGAGACGACAGAAACCCCGCCCCCAGAGACGACAGAAGCCCCGCCCCCAGAGAAGACGGAAGCCCCGCCCCCGGAGACGACGGAAGCCCCGCCCCCGGAGACGACGGAAGCCCCGUCUCCAGAGACGACUGACACCUUGACUCCGGAGAUGACGGAUGCUCCUGUCCCGGAGAGGAAGGACACCCCGCCCCUAGAGACGACAGUUGAUCCGCCCCCAGAGAACAUGGACACCGUGCCCCCAGAGACGACGCCAGCCCCUCCCUCAGAGACUAUGGACGCCCAGCCCUUAGAGACCAAAGGCAGUCCGCCCAGGGAGAAGACUGACUUCACUCCUCCGGACCCGGCUGCCGUUCCCCAAGACCCUGCAGAAGAAGGCGGAGCCUCAGGACCCACCCAAUCGGAACCUUCUCCUGUUGGGGAUGAGGAAGAGGCUGUGGGCGGGGCCCCUGAAAUGACGGAAGAGCUCCAGACUGACGUACUGGACAUGGACACAGAGGCCGACGGCGAGCUCGGAGAGGCGGCCCUCGGAGAGGAUGGGGAGGAGAGCGGCAGCGAAGGCCUGCCCACUAACGACACUCCGACUCCGCCCCCCUGCAGCCCCUUAACCCCGCCCGCCGUUGCCGAGGAACCAGACCCCGUUUCCAUGGAGGGGGGCGCGCCGGAACCUAAGGAGCCGACUGAGGCAGAGCCGACUGAGGCAGAGCCGAGGACCAGCCCCGCCCCUUCGGUGCCGGCCGUCGACAUGGAGACGGGAACCGGCCAAUCGGAUGAGGAGGAGGAGGAAGAGGAGGAGCCCGUGGAAGAGGGGGCGGGUGGAGACGGCGGCGAGCAGGUGGGGCGUGUGAAGGCGGAGCCGGAGGAGGAGGGGCCGAAGGCGGAGCUCCUGGACGACGCGUCCAAUCAGAGCCACGGCAGCAGCAGCGGCUCCCUGGGCUCCCCUGCCGAGGCCGACGCCCAGUCCGUCGCCAUGGAGCCCAGCCUGGCGCCCGCCGGCCGGCCCCGCUGUGACUCGCUGCUCACCGAGACCGACGACUCCCUGCCCUUCGACCCCCUGAAGCCCGACGGGGAGAAGGCCAAGCGCAGGGGCUCCCCCGGCCGCUCACGCAUGAAGCAGGGGCGGAGCAGCAGUUUCCCGGGGCGACGGCGGCCCCGCGGGGGAGGCAGUGGGAGGGGGCGUGGCCGAUCGCGCCUCAAAGCCAUGGCGUCCUGCAUCGACGCGUUUUUGCUCAGCAUGACGGCCGACACCGGACUGACCAAGGAGGAGGACGAGGAGGAAGACGACACCAUGCAGAACACCGUGGUGCUCUUCUCCAGCACUGAUAAAUUCGUCCUGCUGCAGGAUAUGUGUGUGGUGUGUGGCAGUUUUGGGCAGGGUGUGGAGGGGCAGCUGCUGGCCUGUGCGCAGUGCGCUCAGUGUUACCACCCGUACUGCGUCAACAGCAAGAUCACUAAGAUGAUGCUGCGGAAGGGCUGGCGCUGUCUGGAGUGCAUCGUGUGUGAGGUGUGCGGCAAGGCCUCCGACCCCGCCCGCCUGCUCCUCUGUGACGACUGCGACGUCAGCUACCACACCUACUGCCUGGACCCGCCCCUGCACACCGUGCCCAAGGGCGGCUGGAAGUGCAAGUGGUGCGUGUGCUGUAUGCAGUGUGGCUCCAGCUCUCCUGGGUUCCACUGUGAGUGGCAGAAUAACUACACCCACUGCGGGCCCUGUGCCAGCCUGGUCACCUGUCCCGUCUGCCGGCAGAGCUUCAUGGAGGAGGAGCUACUGCUGCAGUGCCAGCACUGCGACCGGUGGGUGCACGCGGUCUGUGAGAGCCUGUACACGGAGGACGAGGUGGAGGAGGCGUCGGACGAGGGCUUCGCCUGCUCCGCCUGCACGCCCUAUGUCCCCAAACGCAUCGUGGAGCCCCCUGUUACUGCAAUGAUAAAAGUGAAGGAACCAGAGCCGCAGUUUUACCGGCUGGAGGGCGUGUGGCUGACGGAGACGGGCAUGUCGCUCCUGCGCAGCAUCUCCGUGUCCCCGCUGCAGAAGCGCCGCCCGCGCCGGCCCCGCCCGGGCGCCAGCGACGGCCUGGAGCUCCGCGAGGGAGACCCGGAGGCCGAGGAGGGCAAAGUAGAGGCGAUGGAGUGCGAGCCCAAACUGGAGGCCCUCGGGAGCCCUGAGAGGGAGGGGGGUCCCAAGCGGGACGGGGGCCCCGACGGGGCCGUGGAGGCGGGUGUCGACGGUGACGGGCUGAAAGCGGGAGCGGAGGAGACUGAGGACUCCAAGAAGAGGAAGAGGAAACCGUACAGGCCAGGGAUUGGUGGAUUUAUGGUGCGACAGAGGAAGUGCCACCCCCGGGCGAAGAAGGGGCGGAGUCUGUCGCUGUCCGGAGAGGGCGUGGCUGAGGGGCCGGUUCCAGAAAAGACCGAGGAAGGCGCCACUCCAGACACCCCUCUGGAAGGCCCCCCGGAGCUGAAGGUGGCCGAGGCAGAGGGGGAGCAGGCCAAGAAGCGCCGCGGCCGGAAGAAGAGCCAGCUGGAGGACAUGUUUCCGGGCUACCUGCAGGAGGCUUUCUUUGGGAAGACCCUUAUGGACAUCAGUAAGAAGGCGCUCCUGGCUCCCCCGGUCCAGCGCCAAGCCCAGGGUGUCCCGCGACCUCAGCACUCGUCUGUACCUGCCGCACAGGGCCCAAAGCCUCGCCCCACCGCACCAGGAACUGCUGAGGCCAAGCAGGGAGAGGCAGUGGGCAGCCUGCAGCUGAAGCAGGAGGCUGGUGAAUCUGCAGAUCGGUCCGACGCUGUGGCGUCAGCAACAGACAAUCUGGGAACAGCGAGCCAGCCAUCGGUCUCCAGCGAACAGAAUCCCUCCAAUCCACAGGGCCCAAACUCAAACCGGACUGAAGGGCUUCCUCAAGGUGUGGAGAGCCAGGACUCGGCGGAGUUCUUCCGGAAGGUUCUAGGAGUGGCGGAGGGCGCGUCUCUGGGUGGGGCCCUGCAAUCCAGCAUGAAGCCGCUCCUGGAGCCGGGGAAGGGGGAGCAGAGCCGCAGCCUGCCCCAGAGGAGCUUCCUCCCAGGUGGCUCCCUCUCAGCCGGCGUAAUGGACUCCUUCCCUGGCCUCUCCCAGUCUCCUUUCUUUGACAUGCGCGAUCGGGCGGGGCUAUUCAGCCCAGACCAGAGUGAGGACAGCCCCUGGGCGACCCCCUCCACUCCCGCCACGCCCUCCACGCCCCCCACCCCCACAGAAACAGAGGGGGACGGCCUGUCCUACAACCAGCGCAGCCUGCAGAGGUGGGAGAAGGACGAGGAGCUGGGCGAGCUGUCCACCAUCUCACCCGUCCUCUACGCCAACGUCAACUUCCCCAGCCUCAAGCAGGACUACCCAGGCUGGUCCAGCCGCUGCAAGCAGAUCAUGAAGAUCUGGAGGAAGGUCUCUGCAGCUGACAAGGUUCCCUUUCUGCAAAAGGCCAAAGACAACAGAGCUGCUCAGCGUAUCACCAAGGCACAGAAGCAGGCGGAGAGCCAGAUGUGUCGUCCCAUUAAGACGGAAGGCUCACCCCGUGUGAAGGGGGAACGUCCCAGCCUGCACCUCCAGAUCCCUCCUCCUUCCUGCGCCUCCCUCUCCACCCCGUCCCAGCCCAGCUCGGCGGAGAGCCCCUUCCCGCUGCCCCCCGACUCCGCCUCCUCCGGCGGCACCGCCUUCUUCCCCGACGGGCCCCUGAAGACCCCGGGCUCAGCCGACGCACGGCAAGACCCCUUCACCAGGCUGCUCCCGCAGUCUCCCCACCCCUCCAUUCCCUAUUCCCAGCCCUCCUCCAGCCCCCUGCAGGCGGCCAGCUCAGGCUACCCCCCGGCCAGCCUGGGCUCCAUGGACAUGCAGCCGGGCACCCCUGGGACGCUGCGCAGGGCCCAGCAGAUGGGGCCCUUCGUUAGGCCCCAGCAGCACCCCCUGGAGCCCCCGGGUCCUCCCGAGGGUUUUGGGGUCCGUGGAGGGGGGCCGGCCGAGUUUCCUCUGUUCCCCUCGCCCCACGCCUCUCAUUACGGCGACCCCGCUCGCAUCCAGCAGCCGAUGGGGCGGCAGGAGCAUGGCUCCAUCCCCUCCCCCUCCACGGCCUCGUCCUCCCCAGGGGGUCCGGGGCAGCAUUUUGCGGGGGUCCCCUCUCCCCGCUCCUCGGCUGGCCGGCAGGACCUAGGCUCGGGGUCCCCCGCGGGCAUGCUGGAUCCGCGGGACGGGUUGUUCAAGGCACCCAUGACACCUCGUGCCCACCAGGGCGACUCUGGGAACGGGACAGGCUUCCACCCACCCUGCGCCUCCCCAAACCACCCCUCAGAGGGCUACAGACAAUCCCCCUCCGCCCCCUUCUCGGACCCAUACGCCCAGCCCCCUCUCACCCCCCGGCCCCAGUCCCGCGAUGGCUGUUCCCCCGUCUCCCAACGGCCCCCCCUGCAGGACCCAUACUCACGCGUCCCGUCUAGUCCUCAGUCCCAGGGCAGCUCCCACUCCCCUCUCACACCCAGUGGCCUCUCCAACGACGGCUUCUCUGUGCAGUCACCAGCCCGUUUCCAGUCCCCAGACCCCUACUCCCGCCCGCCGUCCCGCCCCCAUUCCCGGGACCCCUUCGCCACCCUGCACAAGCCUCCCCGCCCGUCCUCUGCCGUCCCCGAUGGCAGCCCCACCUUCAGGGGCCCCGCCCACCUGGGCCAGCAGCCGCCUGUCUCCAGCCCCUCUCAGGCCUUGGGAGACCCCCUCUCGGGGAAGCCACAGGGCCCCCCUGUGUUCAGCCGCAGCCCCAGCACGGGUGGUGGAAUGUUCCCCCAGUCCCCGCUUCCCCAAACCCAGACUCAGCCUGCCCCUCAGGCUCCCCCCCUGCCCAUGAACAUCGACGGCUUCCCCACCCGCACACCGCUACCCCAAGGCCCCCCCGACCCCCUAAGGCCUCAGGAGGUGCCUCAGGCUCCCAUUGUGCCCAGCGCGCAAGAGCUCCUGGAACUCCCAGCAGCUCAGGACCCUGCACUGAUGGGCCUCAGCCAGUCGGAGACGGAGAAGCAGAGACAAAGACAGAGAUUGAGGGAGCUGCUUCUCCGGCAACAAAUGCAGAGGAACUCGCUUCGGCAGGAGAAAGAAGCUGCUGCCAACACUGCUGCCAUCAACUGGCCUGGGGGAGACAUGGCAUCUUACCAACAAGAUAAAAGCCAGCGUGCCCCCCCUCCAUAUCCACAGGACCGGGCUGCUGCUGCUGGGGCCAUGGCUGCCAUGGGCAUGCAGGACGACAAGAUGAACCGUCCCCCCCCACCAGGGACUCCUGCCAUGAUGGACCCCAAUGUGCUCAGGCAAACUGCCCCCAAUACCCCCCCAGGGAUGUACCCCCGUCCCCCGUUCCCGGCGCAGUGGGCAGGCCAGGCUGCCGGACUUCGCCGUUUCCCCCAGCCCGCUGGAAUGGACCCGGGGGCUCCCAGGCACCUGGUCGGCCCCCCCAUCACCAAUCCCCUCAACAUGCAGGGGAUGGCUGGGAUGCCCAACCCCCACACAGUGGGGCCAGGGGACGGCCCGCCUCAGGCCUGCACCCCCGCACCCCCUCCCCAGUUCAUUGAGCUCCGCCACAACAGCACCCAGAGGAUGCCACUGGGGCCCCAGUUUCUGCCCCGUGGCCCCCACCCCCCUCGGCCACGCCUGUAUAUGACACAGCAGGAAAUGGGCACUACAUUUUCCCAGCAACCACUGCACCCUCCACCGGCCCCGCCACUCCCUCCCACCCUGGCUUCUCAGGGAGACCACCGGGACCCCAGAAUGAGGGUGCCAACGGGGUCCCUAGGACUAUUGCCACAACAGCCCCAGCCAGGCGUUGCCCCUUCACCCCAAAACCAGCUGCUCCUACAGCCAUCAACUCCUGAAGCCAAUGCUCCCAGUGCUCUCCCCCAGCCCAGCUCCCAGCACCCGCUCCCGCAGACCACCACGCAGCCCCACGCCAUGGACCCCCUGGCUGCCCGACCUUGCCGCAUCGACCUGCCCGAGCCAGACCUAGAGGACCCCUUUGUCCCCAAAGGGCUGGGCGGGACCGGUGGGGAAGCGGGCGAGGAGGAUGAGGAUGACCUGGCCACCCUGGACCUGGACCCCGACAAGGGGGACGACGACCUGGGGAACCUGGACAGCCUGGAGACCACCGACAAGCACUUAGUUGACCUGCUUGAGUGUGACGAGUUUGACUUGCUGGCCUACGCUGACCCCGAGCUGGAUCAAGGGGAGCCCAAGGAUGCCUUCCCUGACCAGUUGCGGCUGGUUGAGGCUGAAAGUGAGGCACCUGGCCCCACCCCUUCUACCUUUGGCGCUGUCGGCCUCGCUCCUGACAUCAAGGUGGAGGACAAAUCCAAGCUGGACCCCCUCCUCACACCCUCAGUUGCCGCCCCCCACCCCAAUGCUGGUCCGCCCGCCCCCCAGCAGGGUGCUCCCUCUGAGCAGCCUGCUCUGAAGCUUGAAGCCGGAGGCCUUGCUCAAAACCCGGCCUCCCACUUGGAGGGGGCAGCAGAGAGCAGGCCGCAGCAGGUUGUGGUGAAAGACGAGAUGGGCGAGGCAGUCUCCAUGCUGCUGGGUGGAGGGGUUGCAGGUGGAGCCAAGCCUGCCAGCAGCCUCCCUGCCCGACCAGCCAGCCCCUCCGCCUCUCUGAGCUCGGUCCGUUUAGGGGGGCUCUCCUACUCUGCCCCCGGGCAGGCUGACCCCCUGUCUUUUCCCCUGGCCACCUCACACUCCGACCUGGAUGAGGACCCCUUGGGGCUACCAGAUGGCGGAGGCCAGCACUCCCCUGCAGUGGAUCUAGACAAGGUGGAGAGCUCCCUGGAGGCCAGCGAGCUUCCGCUGCUGAUCCAGGAUCUUUUGGAGCAUGAGAAGAAGGAGCUACAGAAACAACAGGAGCAGCAACAGCAGCAGCAACAGCAGCAGCAACAGCAGCAGCAGCAGCAACAGCAACAGCAACAGCAACAGCAACAGCAACAGCAACAGCUAACCUCUCUCCACCAGGGGGCAAUAAACACACACCUCCACCGCCUCCCUGCCCAGCCCCAGCCCCAAACUCAGGGUGCCCAUCCCAUGCUGCUCCCCCAGCACCACCGCCCGCCUCCACAGGGCAUCAUGGGACAGCCUGGGAUGAUGCCCAGGCCACCGCCCAUGAUGACCCCUCAGCAGCAACAGCAGCAAAGGCUUAUGGGAGCAGGCAUGACCCCUCCCACUAUGAUGGACAUGGCUCAGCAGCAGGGGAUGAUGCGGGCAGGGCAGCCUGGCGUGAACCCUCAACAGCAACAGCAGCAGCAGCAAGCAGUGAAACAACAGCCGCUGCCAAACAACUUCUGCCCAGAUAAAGAAUUGGACAAGCUUGCAGCAGAUGACAUCAUGGACCCCAUCGCCAAGGCUAAAAUGGUGGCUCUAAAGGGCAUCAAACGGGUGAUGGCGCAGGGCCCCAUCGGCGUGGCCCCCAGCAUCAACAGGCAGCAGGUAUCCCUCCUGGCUCAGAGGCUGACCCCAGGCCCAGGGGCCAGUGACCCUCAGGCCAGGGUCCUCACAGCUCCUGCUAAGGAGGGGGAGAACAGUGACCCGACACAGCCGAGACCCAACCCGCCCCAGUUUGUGCAAGGUGUUGCCAAUGAAGCGGAGCAGCAGCAAUAUGAAGAGUGGCUCCUGCACACACAGCAGCUGCUGCAGAUGCAGCUGAAGUUCCUGGAGGAGCAGAUCGGCGUGCACCGCAAGUCCCGCAAGGCGCUGUGCGCCAAGCAGCGCACUGCCAAGAAGGCGGGCCGCGAGUUUGCCGAGGUCGACGUGGAGAAGCUCAAACUGGUCACCGAGCAGCAGAGCAAGAUCCAGAAACAGCUGGACCAGGUACGCAAGCAGCAGAAGGAGCACACCAAUCUGAUGACGGAGUAUCGCAGCAAGCAGCAGCAGCACCAGCAGGGCACUGGGGUCCUGGCCCCCGGCCCCUCGGCCCAGGGGCCCCGUCUGAUGUCCAAGCUCCCCGGGCAGGUGAUGAUGGGCCCGCAGGGAGCCCCCAUGAUGGGACAGCAGUGCUUGCCUCCAGGGGGGAUGCCGGUCAGGAUGCCGCAGGGCCAGCCUUUCAUAGGCCAGCCUGGGCACCCUGGGGCGGUGGGAGGCGUGGCCCCGGGGCCCUCUGGUGGGUACUUACCCCAGGGGCCAGAUGCCAGACUCCUGCAGGAGCGACAGAUGCAGCUACAGCACAGGCUCCAGAUGGUCCAGAAGAUGCAGCAGCAAGGCAUGAUGGGUAACCAGCAGCCCAUGCCGCACCAGGCACAGCAGCCCGGUAUGAUGGCCCAGCAGCCUGGCGCCAUGGUCGGGCAGCCACCGCAAGGCAUGAUGGGUAACCCACUUUUAGCCCAGCAACAGCAGCAGGUGGCCAUGCAGCAGGGCAUGAUGGGAAGCCAGGGCGUGGCCCAGCCUCAGCAAAGCCUCAUGGGAGGGCAGCCGAUGGCCCAGGGCAUGAUGGGAAGCCAGCAAGGGAUGAUUGGUAACCAACAGAUGUUGCAGCAGCAGCGCCAGCAGGCCCUGAUGGGGGCCCAGCAACAGGCCCUCAAGGGCCCGCAAGCCCAGCUCACGCCCCAGCAGCAGAACAUCCUGGCCCAGCGCAUGUUGCUCUCCCAGCAACAGCAGCAGCAGCAGCAAAACACCGCCAAGAGCCUGGCCCAGCUUCAGCAGCAGCAGCUUCAGCAGCAAGCCGGCUUCCUGCCCGGCCAGCAGCAGGGAGACCCUCCUCAUGCGGCCCCUUCCGAAAACCAGCUUGCGGGGGCCUCCCGGGACGGGGCGCAGAUUCCAGGUGUCCCCGAGGGAUUGCAGCAGCAAGCCGGGGUGUCUGGCUUCCCGCAGGACGUCCCAAACCCAGUACCCAAAGACGGCGGGACGCUCAGCUCGACAACCCCGCCACAACAUCCGCGGCCCACUGGCGACCAACCGGGGGCAGCAAUGCCGCAGGGGCAAGCUUUCAUGAAUCAGCAGCCGCAGCAGCAGCAGCGAUCAGAGCUUCAGCCGCAGGUCACGGUCAAGCAGGAAGGACAGCAGGUGUGCUACGUAGCACAGCAACAGCAACAGCAACAACAACAACGGCAACAACUGCAGCAGCAUCAGCAGCACCCGGGAGCAAUGGCAGGCCAACAGCACGACAGCAUGACGCAGCUGCAAAGCAUGAUGGGACUGGCAGGCCCUGCUCCACCGGGUGCGAUGGUCCAACCGAACCAGCAGCAGCAACGGGCCCUCUUGGUCCAGCAGCAGAAGCAGGGCAUGCUGGGACAGAUGGGUGGAGUGAUGAGGGCGCAGCAGCCGGGCGCAAUGGUCCAGAGGCCCGGUGUUCCCCCUGGGCCCUUCCGUGGCCCGGUCAACCUGCCGGCCAUCAUCGCCCAGAACCCCCAGCUCCGCCACCUGCCGCCCAACCAGCAGAUCCAGCACAUCCAGGCCAUGCUAGUCCAGAGGCAGAUUCAGCAGGGGCAGAUGCUCAGGAUGUCCGCAGGACAGGGGCAGGUUCAGCCCCAGGGGCCCCGGAUGCAGGGCCUGGAGGGGCAGCAGCUUCACCACGUGGCCGUGGGCCCCCAGCAGCAGCAGGGCGUGAUGGGCCAGCCCUCGGGCGCAUCCCCUCUGUCACAGCAAGGCAUGAUGAUCCAGGCCCCGGGUCCGCAGCAUCAGAUGGGCCAGCAGGGGGCCUCCCCCCAGGCACUGCAGCAGCAGAUGGGUCGGGCCCAGCCGGGUUUGGCGUUGGGACAGGUGCGCAUAUCACCCCAGGGCCGCAUGAUCAGGUCCAUGUCACCCCGUCAGCCUUUCGGACAGAACUCCCCCAGCGAUCCCGCCUUUGCCCAGCAGGCUUUGCAGCAGCGGCACUCUUUGGUGUACCCCGGCGGCAUCCGCCAGCCCUCCCCGACUCAGACCCUGCAGCAGCCGCCCACGCCCACGGGUUCCAGCCCCUUCCAGGGCUCCCACACCCCUGUGGGCUCACCCGCUGGCCUGUUGCCCCUGACGGUCCAGAAAAAGGAGCACAGCGCCAGCCCCUGCCUGAGGGCUGAUCCAGGGACGCCUACUCAUCCCACCGCCACGUCGUCCCUGUCGAAAACAGACCCUCUCUGCCCAAGCAGGAGCCCGGGAGGUGGUGGGGCCACAGGGCAGCCAGGCCUCAAGGCCGAAGCCCAGGAGAGAGAGAGAGGCGGCCUCGGCCAGGCCAACGGGCCCUCGCAGCCCCCGGCGCUCAGCGAGGGCGGGGGGACGGGGCCCCGGGCCGAGGGGCUGUGCAGCGUCACCCUGCAGAACAUCAAGCAGGAGCCACGGGAGGAGCAGUGCGGCGCUGGGGAAGGGGAUGAGGUGCGCCACGGCCCAGUCAAGCACGAGAACGCCCCCGGGAGCCCCCACGGGCCCCGUGCAGAGACAGGCCAGCAGCUGCUGCAGAAGCUCCUCCGCACAAAGAACCUGCAGCUGGCCGGCCAGAGGCCCUCGGACGGUGUCCACAGCGAGAUCAACGGGCACAUCAACAGCAAGCUGGCCCUGCUGGAGCAGAAAUUGCAGGGCACCCCGCGCAACAUGGAGGACUUGCAGUCCAUCACCAAGAAGCCUCCGGUGGUGAAGCCCAAGCGCACCCCCAAGGUGGGCGGCGGGGUGGCCAACUCCCGAAAGAAGAACAAGAAGGACGAGACUGGGAAGAGCACGGAGGCCCUGAUGAAGCAGCUGAAACAGGAGCUCUCCCUCCUCCCGCUCAUGGAGCCGUCCAUCACUGCCAGCCUGGACCUCUUCACGCCUUUCGGCAGCAGCUCGGCCGAUGUCAAGGCCCAGCUGAAAGGCUCCUUCGGGAACGCCAUGCUUGACAACAUCCCCGACUACUACUCCCAGCUGCUCACCAAGAGCAACCUCAGCAACCCGCCCACCCCACCCUCCUCUCUGCCGCCCACCCCGCCCCCCUCCGUGCAGCACAAGCUGAACGGGCUGACUGCUGUGGAGGAGCUUCCAGGAGGGCAGAAGGAGAGAGAGAGGGAGUCUGCUGAGGAGCCCAUGGACUCCUCGAGCGAGGAGGUGAAGAGUGUGGAUCUGCUGGCAGCCCUCCCCACCCCUCCACACAACCAGAACGAGGACAUCAGGAUGGAGAGCGACGAGGACAGCGACGCCCCAGACAGCAUCGUUCCCGCCUCCUCUCCCGAGAGUGUCCUGGGGGACGAGGCGCCCCGCUUCCCGCGCCUUGGGGCGGUGAAGCAGGAGCGCGAGGAGAGAGCCGUCUCCCCCGUCAUCCCCAUCAUCCCCCGCUCCUCCAUCCCCGUUUUUCCAGAGAGGAAGCCUUUUGAAGGGCUGAGCUCAUUCCCCGAGCAUGCUGGGAAAAUGGUGUCCAGGUCCAGCCCCUGGGACAAAGCCAAGAGCAGCGAGGUGUCCGUCACCUUCACCUUAUCGGCUGCUGCAGCAAAGAAUCUGAACACCGUGAUGGUGGCGGUGGCCCAGCUGCUGCAGGUUCGAAUGCCCGGGUCCUAUGAGCUGGCGUUCCCUCAGAGUCCCGGCAGAGCAGGGGGCGGGGACCCUGCGAAAGCCUCUGACACGCCCGUCCCAGGCUCUUUGGGUGCAAAGGCGGGCCCGGCGGAAGGCUCGGACCAGGACUCCGCUGAUUGGCUGAAGAAGUUUGACGUGUCGCUGCCGGGCUGCACCCUGAAGAAGCAGGUGGACAUCCUGUCUCUCAUCAAACAGGAGUGUCCAGAGCCUGAGGACAGGGCAGUGCAGCACUGCUACAUCACCAACGUGUCAGACCUGGACGUGCGGCAGCUUCCCAUCUACCCCCUGGAGGCAUCCCCUCCCCAAUCUCCCUCCCCGCCCCCUCCGCCUCCUCCACCACCACCACCUCCGCCCGCUCUGCCUCAAACUCAGCCAUCCUCCCCCACCCCCGCCCCCUCCAGCCCUGCCGCCAUGCAAAUCAAAACCGAACCGGAGCCAGACUCGUCCGACCUCCCUGCCCCUCCUCCUGCCCCGUCCUCCUCCCCCCCUCCUCCCCCCGGGGCCGGCUCUGCCUCCCCGGCCCCGGAGGCCCCGCCCAAACCCUGCAAGCAGCGCAGCCGGCCCCCGUCGGAGGCGGAGGAGGAGGUGCGGCCCAAGCCCAAGAAGUGGAAGGGUCUGCGCUGGAAGCGUCUGCCGCUGGUGCUGACCCUGCGGCGCGGCGGCUCGCGGCGGGAGAGCGGGCGCGAGGUGUCGGAGCUGAUGGAGCGCCUGCGCAUCGCCCUGCGGCCCGACCGGCUCCCGCGGGACCGCCGCAAGUGCUGCUUCUGCCACGAGGAGGGCGACGGCCCCACGGACGGCCCCGCCCGCCUGCUCAACAUCGACGUGGACCUGUGGGUGCACCUCAACUGCGCGCUGUGGUCCACGGAGGUGUACGAGACGCAGGGCGGCGCGCUCAUCAACGUGGAGGUGGCCCUGCGGCGGGGCCUGCGCACCCGCUGCGCCUGCUGCCAGCGCACGGGCGCCACCAGCAGCUGCAACCGCCUGCGCUGCCCCAACGCGUACCACUUCGCCUGCGCGGCGCGCGCCCGCUGCAUGUUCUUCAAGGACAAGACCAUGCUGUGCACGCAGCACCGGCUCAAGGGCCCCAGCGAGGAGGAGCUCAGCAGCUUCGCCGUCUUCCGCCGCGUCUACAUCGAGCGCGACGAGGUGAAGCAGAUCGCCAGCAUCCUGCAGCGCGGCGACCGCGUGCACAUGUUCCGCGUGGGCGGCCUCAUCUUCCACGCCGUGGGCCAGCUGCUGCCCUCGCAGAUGGCCGCCUUCCACUCGCCCACCGCCAUCUUCCCCGUGGGCUACGAGGCCACGCGCAUCUACUGGAGCGCCCGCGUGCCCAACCGCCGCUGCCGCUACCGCUGCCGCAUCGGCGAGGCCGACGGCCGGCCGCUGUUCGAGGUGCGCGUGCUGGAGCCGGGCCAGGAGGACCUGCACUACCGCGAGCCCACGCCCGACGGGAUCUGGAGCCGGGUGGUGGAGCAGGUGGCCAAGCUGCGUGAGGAGGCGGCCAUGUUGAAGCUGUUCACCGAUCACGUGAAGGGGGAGGAGAUGUACGGGCUCACGCUCCAUGCCGUCCUGCGCAUCACCGAGUCUCUGCCCGGAGUGGAGAACUGCCAGAACUACGUCUUCCGCUACGGCCGGCACCCGCUGAUGGAGCUUCCGCUCAUGAUCAACCCCUCUGGCAGCGCCCGCUCCGAGCCCAAGAUCCUCACACACUGCAAGAGGCCUCACACGUUGAACAGCACCAGCAUGUCCAAGGCCUACCAGAGCACCUUCACUGGGGAGAUCAACACUCCCUACAGCAAGCAGUUUGUCCACUCCAAGUCGUCGCAGUACCGCCGGCUGAAGACGGAGUGGAAGACCAACGUGUACCUGGCCCGCUCGCGCAUCCAGGGCCUGGGCCUGUACGCCGCCAAGGACCUGGAGAAGCACACCAUGGUCAUCGAGUACAUCGGCACCAUCAUCCGCAACGAGGUGGCCAACCGCCGCGAGAAGGGCUACGAGGAGCAGAACCGCGGGAUCUACAUGUUCAGGAUCAACAACGAGCAUGUGAUCGACGCCACUCUGACGGGAGGCCCGGCACGCUACGUAAACCACUCAUGCGCCCCCAACUGUGUGGCGGAGGUGGUGACUUUCGACAAGGAGGACAAGAUCAUCAUCAUCUCCAGCCGCAGGAUCCCCAAGGGAGAGGAGCUGACAUACGACUAUCAGUUUGAUUUUGAGGAUGAUCAGCACAAGAUCCCCUGCCACUGUGGAGCCUGGAACUGCCGCAAGUGGAUGAACUGAGAGAGAUGGAUCCCGAGCGAACCCCUCUCCCCUGGGUCCAGAGAAACCAGUGACUCCCAAGCUGCAGCCCAACAAAUCUUACCACCCUAUUCCCGUAGGCUGUUUCAGGGCAGGGAGGAGGGGCUGGCUUCUAUAAUUAACAGUCAAAAGACGAGACCUCUCAUACCUGGAACCAAAGUUUUUGGAGGAGGGCGAUCUCAAGGUCGUUAAGCAAAUCAAGGUUGUUAAGCAAACAAAUUUUUAUUUUAUUUUUAUUUUUACAAAUUGUGGGACAAUCUCUUGAUUUUGGGACUACUGAGAAUUAUUGUUUUGGUUAUUUUUUAAAAGAGUCCUCUGCCAAAAUUUUAUCCUCUCUUCCUUUGUCCUGCUGACUUGACUAAAAACAAAAGGAUGAAUUUUUGGCCAGAAUCUCCUCCAGAUGACAUGGGACUGACGUGGUCCUGCGGAGCAGGGUACACUGUAGAUCACUGAAGAAAAGCCAUGAUGUACCUGAAUUCACUCGCACAUUUUAACUAUGGACCUAUUAUUUACUACACCCCCCUUAAAUUAAACAAUCUCUCCCAAGAAUCGAGGAAUAGAGAUCGACAAUGGAUUUCGGCGAGACAAUCCUGAAGUGGCACCUCAUGGAAGCGCAUGGACGGUGGCAGAAGACCCGAGACACUGUAAGAUUGUCUGAAGUGAAGCUGACGUUGACCCCGGGCCUCGUGAGGGUGGUGGGGGUUUUAAACUGAAAUGCUGAAGGUGGGUUAGUUGGAUUCAGUCUACCUCAUUUGAGUCUAUGGGAUUGUGUAGAACUGCUACUGUGGACAU